AUGUUUGGCAACUUCGGCAACUCCGGUAGCAGCAGCACGCCCAAUUCUGGCCUGAGCCUUUUCAAUAAUACUACCAAUAAUAAUAACAAAACCGGCAGUGGCAUAGGGUUAUUUGGAAACAAACCAACUGUUACAAAACCGUCCGGAGUAGGCUUCAAUACGGGGGUAACACAGUCUUCUGGAAUGUCUCUUUUUGGCAACAAACAAACAAUUGGUGGUAAUGAUGCUUCCAAGCCUGCGUUUGGUAUUGGAAAUUGCAGUUACAACAAUAAUAACAUGAAAUCGGCAACUUUGGAUGAUUCACCUUUUGGAAUUAAUUUAACACCCUUAGAAAAAGUAAGUGAAAUGCCAAAAUCAAUCACCGGAAAAGAUGAAGGCAUUACAAGUGCACCUGAUGGUUCAUUCACAAAUAUAUCUUCGCCAAAGUCAAAGCUGAAAAAGAAGAAUUCUUUUUCUGGCUCAAGCAGCAGAGCUUCGCCUCAAACUACUAAAAUUUAUCACAGUAACAUCUUGAAUGGUAUUAGAAGCUCAAAGUUGAACCGCCAUUACGUUAAUGUUCCAUUAGGAAACAACACGGCAGAUAUUUUGGACCAUUCGAUCCAUGGAUUAUUUUCUCCAGCAAAGGACAAUUUGAUGUUGAAUUUAACACCCAAAGGAAACAUCCAGUUUUCUUCGACACUAUCUGAACAGUAUUCAAAGAAAACCUUUGAUUUCAAUACAUAUGACAGCAAUUUUCAAUUCAAUUCAACUUUGGGGAAAGAAUACCAGUUGAAGUUUUCGACAAUCAACAAUAAAAAUAACUUGCCGCCAAAGAUUUCACAGUAUUCUAAUCUCGCCAGACCAGCUCGCAAUAAUAGUGACAUUAAGAAGUUGGUGAUUGAUCCUGAUGUGUCUGCUGCGAAAAGAAGAAAAUUGUUGAACGGGACAAAGAGCUUACACAAGGGCAAACAAUAUGAUGUGAAGGUGUUGGAUACUGAUGAAUCCAAUGUUAUGGUGAGCGGACCAACGAAAAAAAGAUUCUUCAGCCUUGGUAUUGAACGAAUCAAAUCAACAUUUAGAGAUAAUUCUAACAGACCAAUAAAAAUGCCAAAUAAGUCUUCAUUGCAUGAAAAAGAAUUAGAUGAAGAAGCUUUGCGCAUGAAGGCAUUAGAAGAUUCUAUUGAUUUUUCCAAAUCUCCAAAGGAAUAUUGGUGCUCUCCACCUGUCAGUAAAUUGGCAGAAUUAUCAUUAUCAGAUUUGUCCUCAGUUCCAAAUUUUAUUGUUGGCCGUAAACAUUAUGGUCAAAUUUCUUUUAAUUCAAAUGUGGACUUGGUAGAUUUUGCAACUGCCAAUCCAAAAUAUUCUACUAUAUUGAACCUUUACAAUAGUUUAUUCACAGAAGCAAAUAUUAUUUUUAAAGAAAACUUCACCGUUGAAGUUUAUCCUGAUCCAUUGACAAAACCUCCUCAAGGGUCUGGUCUUAACGUUGAUUCCAUAAUCACUCUCGAAAAUGUGUAUCCAAAGAAAAGAAAUCCAGAAAAAGAUGAUUUUAGUUCUGAGGAAAUCAAUCUGUUUGUAUUAAAGCUCAAAAGACAAAAAGAAACAGAGUUUAUUAAUUAUAUCGUUGGCAGUGGUAGCUGGUCAUUCAAGAUUCAACAUUUCAGUAUUUGGGGGUUGAUUGAUGAUAGUGAUGAUGAAGAAGAUAAAGGUAAUAAUGCGGAUAUGGAUAAAAAAUCAGAAGCGAUUGACAAUCAACCAGUUGUGGAGAAAGAUCAGGUGGCCGAAAAAAAUCAAGUUGAGUGCAAGCCGCAACCAAAACCUUCGGUGGCCAAGCAAAGUGUUCCUUCAGAACAAAAACCUCAAUCUCCAAAGAAGUCAAAAAUUCUUAUUCCCCAGAAAAGAGUAUUGCCAAGAUCAGUCGAGAAGCCACCACCAGUGUCUGAUGAAAGAGAUAAGUUUGCAUUAAAGAAACAAAGGGUUACUAGUGCUACCAUCCCAGGUGGCUGGGAUUUUGGAAGUUCUAAUUAUGCUGAUGUGGAUAAUGAAUUAGAUCAGUUUCAUGUUAGCGUUUCCAUCCAAGAUAACAAAGUCGAGAUAGGCAAACCGGAACGGACUAUUGAGGAAAUGCCUGUUGUUGCUGAUGAUAUCGACGAAUUGGAAAAUCAAGAAGAAAUAGAGAUGGAAGACGCUAAUGUCAUGGAAAAUGUGGAAGAAGUGCAGCUUGUUCUUGCCAAAAUGCCAGCUAAUGAUGACAAUGUCGUUGAGAGAUUUGGUGAAAUUGAUAUAGAGGACUUGGAAUAUAUGAAAAAUUCACUUUUAGACUCAGAAAUGCUAGAUGAGGAUUCCCUUGAGGAACGCGCAUAUGAGCCAGUGGAUAUCAGUGAAGAUGAUCUCAAAAUUUUGGAAGUUAAACCUUCAAGAGUUAUCAAGAAAUUAUCAGAUAAGUGUGCAGAUCUAUCAUGGAAGGAUACAUUUGAGCAAUGCAAUGAGGAGGAUUCUGUUUUCAAUCCAAAAUAUCAGGAAUUGAUUUUGAAGGAAGCUCCCAAAUUGCCUUACGCAUCAUUCAAUAGACAUAUUCCAAAAUCUUUGGGGUUCAAUGAAUUGGAUGACAUGAUGUUUAGCAAAAUUAACUCAAUGAUUUUGAGUAACGAGCUUGCUAUUGAGCAAUUGAGAUUACGUGGGAAAGUGUUUAGUAAAUGGGAUGCUAAUAAUGGUAAAAUUUUUACUAAUAUUCAACAAAGUGAAUCUUCCGCUAAUGAUAUCAAUGUUUUCAGUGCCGAUAAGCAAUACGGUAAUAGUCCUCAAAAUGACCAAUUAUUGGAUUUGAUUUUUAGCAAUCAUUUCAACAUUGCAAAAUUGGGCAAACGAAGUAAUGGAUACCCUAAGGUUCUUGCAAAUGAUGACCUCAAGUUUGAAUUACUUCUUGAUACUUUCAAAAGCUCCUUCGACAAAAAUGCGAGAGAUGAGAUUGAACUUUGGGAUUUAGCAUCUAUACUAUUUGAUGACUCAAGAAUCUUAAAAAAUGCUGAGUUCCGAGAAAUAAAUAAGAUAACUGAAGAUAAGGUCAAAGCGCAUUUAAUGAACAAAAGCAAGAUCGAGAUUUUGCAAACUUGGUUGAAGCCGAUCACUAAUACUAAGGUUAAGACAAUGUUGAAAAACUCACAUGGUUCAGACACUGAGGAUCAAGCAUUUGAUAAGAUAUUUUUGUGUUUAUGCGGCAAUGACAUUGGAAAAGCCAACGAUUUUGCUCAGAGCUCUAAGAAUUUUUACUUAUCUGUGUUGCUUAGUUUAUUGGGAUCCAAUGAUUCUCAGGUCAAACACGGUGCAAAAAAACAGCUCAGUUAUUGGAUUUCCAACUCUUCUACCAAUUUUAUCUCUAAAUCAUUAUUGAAGAUUUACAAAUUAUUGACAGGAGAUUUUCUAUUGAAUAAUGAUAAUAUUAAUGUCACAGAAGGUUUGAGUUGGCAAAUGGUUUAUCUGUUGGUAAUUUCUUUUGGUGACACGAACAAACCAUUACCUGAGCUCACGAGGUGCUUCUUCGAUAAUUAUGUGGACCGCCAGAAUGUUCCAUACGACUUUGAGUUGGGAAUUUUAAAAGUAUUCAGUUUGUUAGGUAGUGCUCAAGAAAUCGUGAACUAUUCUGACUUUGAGAAGGCAAUCCUUGGCUUACAAUGCGCAAAUAGUUUGGACGUCAGAAUUCAAUGGUACAUGUAUGAAUUUUUGAAAAGCUCAGGAAUUUCUGAUAAAAUCAAUAUUGCAAAUUGGAAAGAAAAGGGCGAUAAAUUGACCCUCUCUUUUGCCGAGCAGCUACUUAGCACGGGAAAAUGGAAUUAUGCUUUAUUUGUUUAUUUUCAUUUGAAUAACGAUGAAAUUGCCGUUAAACUCAUUGAUGAGCUUGUGUGCCAUAAUAUUGAGAAAUUCUUCAAUUUCAAGAGCAAUUCCAAGACUUCGAAGAUUGAGUCUGAAAAGCUAAACUUCAUGAUUGCUACUUACCAAUUGCCAAAGAAACUUCUUGCUUCUGCUAUUGCGUUGAAGUACCACUACCUUGGUGACUAUUUCAAUGAGGCCUAUGCGUUAUUAGAGGCCGAGAGCUGGACUGAAGCGCAUGACAUCAUUCUCAAUAAGGUUGCUCCAAGAUCGGUGAUUGGUGAUGGCGAUCUUUUGGGUAAUCUCUUCACUCUCAUCAACCGCUUCCCGAAGACAAUUGAAAAGACGUAUGACUUGGAAGACUGGGCAAGAGGCUUGGGGGUUUAUAAAAACUAUUUGCUAUUAAAGUUUAAUGAAGGCGAUGAAGACUAUGUGGAUUCUUUGGUGAACAACUUGAUGGUCCAUUUACCAUUGAUGAACAUUGCCAACCCUGAAACCAAAAUUGCCUUGAACUUGAUUUCGAAAUUCGUUAUUAAAAAGAGUUAUGACAUUUCGAGGAAAAAAACCGAAAUCAAGAAGUUGACAGACUUGCCAUUAUGCGAAUCAGAAAGAAUGUACUUCACUGAAGGUUGUGGAAUUUCUAAAGCAUUCUCAGUCAACUGA